AUGCUGCAGGAUGGUAACAGAGUAGCUUCGGAACAAGCGAGGGGCACAGAACCUGUGGCUGAUGGAGUUGGUCCCUCAAAACAAAACCCUCCUAUUGAUGCAAGUUCGAUGGCCAUUGAUGAGCCACCUGUUGUCAGGGUUGAACCAGAGAGAUCAAACAAAUUACAGGAACAACAAGCAUUGCAUCAGAAACCAUGA